AGAAUGUGGCAAAAACAGAACCACCAGCUUCCUCUUCUCUGAGUGGACUCACUUCUCCUCCUGCUAUCACAGUCAUAUGCUCACGAAUCCUGACACCCUGACAACACUCCCUGUGGACAGCCCUUUACCAGAGAGCCCUUCUACCUUUCGAUAUCUAGGUGCGAGAGCCUAGCAUCUCGAAAGAGAACAGAAGGACCGGAGGCUCUCACCCUCCCUGUCUCAUUUCCUCUUAGACCAGAAACCAAAAACUUUAGAAGAUGUCUGAUGCUCUCUGUAUUGUGGGUUCGUUGUUUGGCUCAUCAGAAGGACAGCAAGAAUGUGGUUCCUGUUACCUGAUAAACAUGGAAUCUGUAAUAGGCAUUAUUGCCUCUGACAUCAUCUUGACCAUCUUCAUCACUAUUUCUGUAUUUUGCUUUGCGACUCAUCAGAGGAGAAAGAGGGAAUGGGAAUCACACAGUGGCAAAAGAAGUGCACCAUCAUCAAUUUCAAAGAAAAUGGCAACAGAGGUCACAGAAUCUCCAUACCAGGAGUUACAUGGAGUCCAGUCAGAUGUUUACAGUGAACUUCGGCACUAUAGGAAAUGACUGAAUAACAUAAAAAGUAUCAAAGUGCUGACAAUGUCCUGUUUGUAAUUAGCUCCACAAUGUAAAAUAUAAACUAAGAUUAUGCUUUGUCACAUUUACUCGCAAAAAAAUUGUUUAUUCUGCAUUAAUUGAUUGAUGUUUUAUUCAGUGAGUACUGCCUGGCACUAAAUGUAAUCUUUGCUGCUUCACAUUCUAGUUUUAGGCUGUUUUAUGAUAUGUAUUUGUAUUUAACUAAUAAUAAAUGAAACUACAUUUUAAAACCA